AUGGUGAAACUGCUCAAAUCUGGGUUUCAUUCCACUGCAGACGUGUUUGACUUGCGUCCUCUUCAGCUCCAUCCCUGUGUUUGUAUUUGUAGAGGCUCCCAGAAGGAGGCGGUAGAGGUGCUGCAGCCUGUGAGGUGUGAGUCUGGCCAGGAGAGAGCAGCAGCAGGCAGGCUAAUGGCACAGGAGCUUCUGGAGAAAGAUCAGGAGCUGGGCACCAUCUUUACCUUCUGCUCAGCGCUGGACACAGCCCUGGGAGGGGGCCUGCCGGUGGCGAAGAGCACUGAGACCUGCGAGGCGCCUGGAGUGGGAAAUACUCAGCUCUGUAUCCAGUUGGCAGUAGAUGCGCAGAUCCCUAUGUGUUUUGGGGGGCUGGGAGACAAGGCUCUGUACAUAGACACAGAGGGCAGCUUCUUGGUCCAGAAGGCUGUGGACCUAGACCAGGCAGCUGUGGACCAUUAUGGGCUGCUAGCAGAGGAUGCACAGCAGCAGGAGGCCUUGAAGGAGCUGACUGUGGAAACAAUCUUUUCCACCCUCGUCCUCGUCCGUUACCAUGACUACGUGGAGCUGUUGGCGGAGAUGUAUCUCCUGGCUGACUUCCUGGCUCAGCACCCUGAGGUCCAGCUGGUAGUGAUUGACAGCAUUGCCUUCCUGUUUCACCAUUGCUUUGUUAACCUCUCCCAGAGGACCCGCCUCCGGAACAGCCUCGCCCAGCAACUCAUCCAGAUGGCCACCAAUCGCAAUGUCACAGUAUGA